CUGCCAUUUCACGCAACACCCUCCUACCUUCUCUUUCUCACCUCUACCUCCUGCGGCUCACAAUAUGUCGGAGUCAGAAUCGGAAAAUACCGUGCUUGGGAAGCGGGGCCGUGACGGUCACGAAAUCCACGAGAAGCCCGAGGCGGAUGCGAACGUCCAAGUCGAGGCGGCAGAGGACGAGUCGGACGAUGAUGUAGGCCCCAUGCCUAUGCCGGCGGGUGCAGGCAAUGGCGCAGCGAAGAAGAAGCGCAAAGUGCUUCCGCAUGAGAAGCUUUACCUAGACCACCUCCCAAGUGCAGACCGGUACUACAAGAGUUUCAUGCACAGGGAUGUCAUAAACUUUGUCGUCAUGACCAAGACCACGGACUUCCUCAUCACCACUUCCAUCGACGGAUACCUGAAAUUCUGGAAGAAGCAGGAGCAGGGCAUUGAGUUCGUAAAGGUUUACCGGGCUCACCUGGCACCCAUUGCCUCUGUCUCUGCAAGCGCAGAUGGACAGCUCUUUGCCAGUGUGGCCGAAGAUGGCAGCGCGAAGGUCUUCGAUGUUGGCAACUUCGAUAUGAUCAACAUGAUCAAGCUGGGAUACACACCUCAUGCCUGUUGCUGGGUCCACAAACGAGGUCAGGCCCAAGGGCUUCUUGCAGUAUCAGAACAGAGCACAGGAGUGAUCCGUUUAUAUGAUGGACGUGGCAAUGGAGAGCCUCUGGAAACCAUUGACAAGCUGCACCGUUCACCCGUACACAUCAUGACGUACAGCGACAGAUUCGACUGUGUUAUCUCCGCGGAUGAGUCGGGUAUGAUCGAAUAUUGGAGACCUUCCGAGCCAUUCGAACCCCCAAAAGAUGUCACUGGCUUGUGGACAUACAAGAGUACCACUGACUUGUACGAGUUCAAGAAGGCGAAGUCUAUACCGACAUGUAUCACACUAUCCCCUGACUCUUCCUCCUUCGUGACCUUCUCUCUUCCCGACCGCCAGAUCCGCAUCUUCUCCUUCCUCAAAGGCAAGAUGACACGGCGGUAUGACGAGUCCCUGAACGCCAUUCAGGAGAUGCAGCAGGCCGGUACAGCAAUGUGCAAGGUCGAAGACAUGGAAUUCGGCCGGCGUCUUGCAGCUGAACGUGAGCUCGAGCUGCCUGGCCCCGAUGGUCGCGUACCCGGCAUGUUGAUCAACGCCGUUUGGGACGAGAGCGGCUCAUUUGUGAUAUACCCUACAUUGCUGGGAGUCAAAGUCGUCAACACUGUUACGAACCGUGUCGUCCGCCUCUUAGGGAAGGACGAAACGGUCCGAUGGAUGCACUUGACCCUAUAUCAGGGCGCUCCGGCCAAGACAGGCCUUACGACAGUGGCAGCCGCGGCGUCUGCAAACCCGCUGCUUGCAGAGAAAGCUGUACGGGACCCAACGCUUGUCGCCAGUGGGUACAAACGCCAGCGGUUCUACAUGUUCACUCGCUCCGAACCUGAGGACGACAAGUCAGGUGAUCGUGAUAUCUUCAACGAGAGGCCGACACGCGAGGAGCAACUCGUUGUCUCUUCAACGCCUGCUCAGAAAGCUGGCCCCUCACCGGUGGCGAACUCUGCGACGAUCCAUACAACAGUCGGCGACAUUCACAUCCGGCUAUUCCCGCAGCAAGUACCGAAAACAGUGGAGAACUUUGUUGGUCAUUCACGCAACGGCUACUACGAAGGCGUCAUCUUCCAUCGUGUCAUUCCGAAGUUCAUGAUCCAGACGGGUGACCCCUUGGGAGAUGGUACCGGAGGCGAGUCGAUCUGGGGGCGCGAAUUCGAAGAUGAGUUCUCGGAUGAUCUGAAGCACGACAGGCCGUACACUGUCAGCAUGGCCAACGCAGGCCCGGGUACCAAUGGCUCCCAGUUCUUCAUCACCACGAAUACGACGCCCUGGUUAGACAAGAAGCACACGAUCUUCGGCAGGGUGCUGUCCGGGUUGGAAGUCGUGCACGCCAUCGAGAACGUCAAAACCAACAAGCUCGACAAACCUUUUGAGGACAUCAAAAUUAUCAACAUCGAUGUCGAGUGAUGAGAUCGUUUGUUGUGUCGUCCCAUUUGUACUGCUUGAAAGACAUCUGCUUUGCUUACUCAUAGGGCGACACGGUCUAAGCGUUCAGUGCGGUAGCUGACUUGUAGAGUGUGUGGCACUCCUGCUGCCGACAGGCGGCCACUAAAUUUUCGGCGCAGUUGCUCAACGAUGUCCCCAACUUCACGUGCGAGGGUGCUGGGACAGGAGAACUGAAGAAUCGUAUGGUCGGCCCCAACAGACGCGCGCUGUCCCGGUGCUCCGCUCUCUUCUCCGAGGGAACAUGUAAACACGUCGAGGUCCACGUUGCUGAGAAAUGGCCCCGAAUGUAGCUCUACGGGCGCGUAUGCGAUCGGAUACUCGAGGAGCACCGCUGCGAGGGGCACCACGUCGGCAGGCGAGUCUCCUCGACCGAGGGUUUCUGUCAUUAUUGAGGGAGGGAACGUUUUUUCGCUGGCCAGAGCUUCUUGAAGAGCGUCAUGCAGCUCGUUUAAGCGAGCCCUAACACCGUACGGAACGUCGGGUAUCUGUGAAAAAUAAAGGGGAAGGUGAGGGCGUACAGGAUGCGCUGG